GUGUCCUGGGCGCGGCGAUGGCGGCUCCGUACGGCUCGUCGUAUGGUCUUGCAACGGUUGGCAGCUAUGCUAAUCCAAACUAUGGAUUUAAUUAUGCGGUAAACGACCCAGUGACGGGGGACAACAAGGCGCAGACGGAGGUGCGGGAGGGCGACGUGGUGAAAGGCUCCUACUCACUGGCGGAGCCCGACGGUACCAUACGUAUUGUCGAGUAUACCGCAGACCCCGUCUCGGGUUUCAACGCAGUGGUUAAGAGAAUAGGACACGCCUCCCAUCCCCAGCAGACCCUGACCCCCGUCGUCACCAAAGCUAUCCCGACUCCAACGUGGCACACCCCCGCCCCCGCCCCGGCACCCGCUAACGUCUACAGCGGUCUCGACGGGUACUGGGACCAGGGUCUCGGUUGGAGCGGUCUCGGCUGGUCCGGUCUCGGCUGGAGCGGUCUCGGCGGCGGCGCGACAGGACACGGACAAUGGUACCAUUAAGGACUUUAUGCUCUAAAACUUUAAGACUCAUUCACAUUAACAAGGAUAUAGCGUUGUCUAUGAAAUGUAAAUGAGGACCUUAAAAUUUUAAACAUCUGUAGAUUUUGUUUCAAGCGAUUUACUAGUCUAUUUC